AUGGCGGCCUCACCAGGGACAGCCGACCCGCUUGAGAGCUCAACAGCGGAGCAUCCUGAGGCGGUCCAGCCGCCUCCACUACCGAUCGAUGAGGCGGAACCGCCGUCGCCAGGGGCGGCGGCUGCACAUGAAGCGAUCUCUCCGAAGAAGUCCGCUUCCCCUUCGCCGCUUCCGGCGAACUUGGCGGUCGAAGUUUCUCCCGAGGUGGAGGCCUCGUCCUCGUCCCCAUCCCCGUCGCCUUCUCCCUCUCCAUCUCCCCAAAUCGUGGAGGCGUCGCCGGGUGCGCCACAGCCACUGUCCCCUCCACGUACUGCUCCGGCUGCUGCCACGCGUGCUUCGACGGACCUCUCCAUUAUAGAGGCGGUGGCAGUGGCGUCCCAGGAAGCCGCUCGGCCAUCCCCGUCUCCCGAGUCUACGGACGCGCACUUGCACAACGAGUCCGCGCCGCCGACGCCGCCGAUGGAGAUUGGGCCGGGUGUGUUGUUGCCACAGCAGCAGCCGCAACCACCAUCCCUGGAAAUGGCCCCUCCACUAUGUGAUUAUUCAGAGCCUGCACAGCAAUUGCCGCUGUGCCACCCGGAUGGAUGCACAGGCGCUUCGCCAGACGCACCGGUGGAUGAGGUAGUGGCAGGAACGUCAGCAAAAGCAGCUGGGCCGUCGCCAGGUGAAAGCUCGGAGUUCGCACAGUCACCGCUGCAUCUUCCAGCUGAAAGCGCAUAUGUCUGUUCAAAUGCAGCGGGCAAGGUAUCAGCAGUGGCUUCAGAAGAAGGUACUCAGCCUGCGAUGGAGGCAAUUCAUGGUGAGGGGCCAUCAGAGAUUGGAGCACAGAGAUCAUUGCAGGAGCCAGAGGAGACAACAACGUCCUCCAGGAUGGAAGCUGAGCCUUGUUCGCCGGAGAUGGCUCCUCCAGGGUUUGAAGAUUGUAAGUCUCAAUGGUUGCCAUUGUCACAUCCUAAUCCUCUGGUUGAAUCCACACACACUGUGGUACAAGUGACUGCCACCAAUGCUAUGGGCAUGACGCCAGAUGCAGCAACUGGGUCACUGUCUUCACCUGGCCUAUUUCCGCUGUUGAAGAGAGGGGAAGAGGGGCAAACACUUCCAAGAUCAUGCUCUCCCACAACAGAAGCUGCUCCAUGUUCACCAGAUACACCACCUCCAGGCUUUGAGAAUUGUAAGUCAUCAUGGCUACCGCUACCGACUCUUCAACCCAUAGCUGAAACCACGUACGUGUUGCGCGAUGUGGCUCCCACCAAGGCAAUGGCAGUGGGAUUUAUGGAAAAGGAAUGCUCAGUGCUGGCAUUGGAGCGAACAGAUGUGGAGAUAGACACAGAGCGGAGCCUAUUGCUGCCAUUGGAUAGCGGAACUGGGAGUUCAUUGCAAGGGCCACUGCCAAGAUCACCUUCUCCCAUGAUGCAAGCCAUUCCCUGUUCACCGGAUACAGCACCUCCAGGGUUUGAAAAUUUAAAGUUCACACAGCUACAGCCUCCCUCUCUACCUCUGGUGCAGACUGCACAUGUACUGCAAAAUUCAGCUGAUAAUGAGGCCAUGUCUGUGAUAUCAGAGGAAGCUCCUCAGCCAUCGCCUGCAUUAGAUGCAACGGAUUUAGACAUUGAUGACAAACCUGUCCUGGCACCACCAUCGGAGAGUAAACCAGGGGAGUCAUUGCCACCGGAACCUCCCCUUCUGCUAUCUCAUGUAGCACAGCAUACAACCUGUUCACUAGGGAUGGUGCUUUUAGGGUCUGAGAAUAUCGAGUCCUCGCAGCUGCUGCCACCAGCUCUGGUUCUUCCUCUUGAUCAUACUCCAGACAUCUUGGCUGAUGCAGGGACCAAGAAGACAGUCACAAUGGAAGGAGUGUGUCAUCCGCCGCCUGUACCAGGAGUGGCGGAAGAAGCCAAUGGCUCUGUUCUUCCACCAGCAACGGAAGAUGGUUGUGAGGGCCAAUCACCACAGCUAGAGCCACAGGCUUCUUCCCCUGCAGUGGAUGCUGCAGCUACAUCACUGGAGAUAGCUCCUAGAAGUUUUGAGAAUUCGGAGUCCUCUCAGUUGAUCUCUCCUUGUCUAGCUGAGACAAUAGACCCCUCUACACAUGCAUCAGCUACAGGCACAGACAUGGAAAGCACAAUCCUGCAGCAGUCGCCAUCGAAGAGUGAAGAGAGGUCAUUGCCACAGCCAGAGCAACACCUGUCUUCUCCAUCUGUGAAGGACACUACUUGUUCACCAGAGGUUGCACCCCCAGGUUAUGAAAAUUUUGACUCCUUGGAUCAGCUACCACCGCCACCACCUCUUUGCUCGAAGUUUGAAAUUGGUCAAAUGGUAUGCGGAUGUUGUCGUCAGCUUGUUGUAUAUCCUAGGGGCGCUGUUCAUGUUCAGUGUUUUGGUUGCUCGACAAUAAACCUUGUACUGGAAGAACAUCAAGUUGGUAAGGUGUAUUGUGGACAAUGUGAUACAUUGUUGAUGUAUCCUUUUGGGGCUCCUGCUGUUAAAUGUUCCAACUGUCUUUUUGUCACUGAAAUCGGAGAACGUAAUGUUCGGCCGCGGAUAUUGAUGGAACAGAGUGUGUCACCUGAUCUGCAAGAGGUAGUUCACCAGAGCUAG